AUGUUCUUGCGGACUUCUUCUGGCGUGGUUCGCCUGAGCUCCUGGCUUCGCAAUGAUCGUCUGCCCACCCGCUUUCCCUUCAGAUGGGUUGCUCUGAUCCUCGCCGCCAUCGGGGGCCUCAUUGUAUUCUAUCUGUUUGCUAUCCCACAACUUCUCAAAUUCCGGUUCCGCGCCGGUUUAAGCUGGUAUGAUCUAGGAGUUCAAGGGUUCGGUCCAGACCGACAUUAUAUCUCCUUCGAUCAGGAGUCACCCCUUGUCGAAAUCACCCCGCCUGGUGCAAAAUGCGAUCCCCGGUACACAUUCCUUGCGCCUCGAGGCGAUUCAAUUGCUCAUCCCGGUCCUAUGAUCCUGAAUCCCGCUGGCGAACUUGUAUGGACAAAAUGGAACGGGGGUACGACACAAGAUUUCAAAGUGCAGCGGUACAAGGGCGAGAACUACCUCACUUAUUGGCAAGGAGACACAGACGACGGUUAUGGACGAGGGUCAUGGUACAUGCUUGAUUCAACCUAUACCCAGAAGUAUGUCGUGUCUCCAAUCGGCAUAUAUGACGGCGACCUGCAUGACUUCCAAAUCACUUCCAACGAUACCGCAAUUUUGAUGAUCUAUGACCCUAUCCUGAUGGAUUUGAGCUCUAUCGGCGGCCCGGAGCUAGGAUGGAUUUAUGACGGAAUGUUCCAGGAAAUCAACCUUGAAACCGGAGAAUUGCUAUUCCAGUGGCGCGUAUCCGAUUUUUACCACCCGAGUGAUAGUUAUUAUCCGACUGGAGACAGCGGUCAGACACGGACCUCGGGGUAUGACCACUCGCACAUCAACAGCGUGGACAAGGAUAAUCAGGGCCGGUACCUAGUUUCGAUGCGCCAUCUCCAUACUGUUGCAUGCGUGGAUGGCACCACCGGUGAUGUCAUCUGGUCACUAGGAGGGAAACGGAACAACUUUGCCGAUGCCUCGGAUGGAGCUGCCACCGACUUCUCAUGGCAGCAUGACGCUCGCUGGCAAGGACCCAACCGCCUUAGCUUGUUCGACAAUGCAGCCUACAAUAACAACAACCUCUCCGCGGUGAGCCGUGGGAUGAUGGUUGAUCUUGACACGGAAGCGCGACAGGCAACUUUAGUGCAAUCUUUCGACCAUCCACAUGACAUCAUGGCCGUUUCUCAGGGGAAUGUGCAAGUAUUAGACACAGGGAAUGUCCUCGUGGGCUGGGGCCACUCCGCAGCCUUCACCGAGUUCUCCCCUGAGGGCGAUAUUGUAUGCAAUGUGCACUUUGGUGCGUCUGCUUUUUUCACAUUUGGUCGUGUCGUCUCCUACCGAGUUUUCAAGUUUGACUGGGUUGGUAAUCCUCUGACAAUCCCCGACACUGCAAUCACGCCAGAGAGUGUCUUCGUUAGUUGGAACGGUGCCACCGAGGUAGCAGAAUGGCGGGUUGAGGCAUGGGACGGCGAAGACCUCAGAGAUAUGACCUUCACGGCUGCCGACCAGGUCACUCGCGACGGUUUUGAAACUGAAAUCCCACUAGCCUCCAAGGUUGAUUCAUUCUUCCGCGUGCGUGCAAUCGACUCGAACGGAGAGAGUCUCGGUGUAACGGAACUACUCCAGCGACUACCAUCGUCAUCGAAGGGCUCUCCCCAUAUAAGUCCAUGGGCCCUCGGGCCUAUUGUGUUCGUGGUACUUGUCUCCCUUGUCUGUGGGCUUUAUUUUGCUGUUCACCGUCGACUUCGCCUGGGAUUCGGCUCUAGUGGCCCCUAUCAAUUGGUGUCGCAUAAGGAUGAAAUCGAGGGUGAUGCUGAAAAUCAUCGUCUUCCAUUAUAG